ACACAUACUCUAGCGACUGAAAUUGCGUGUUUUGUAAACAACAUAGUGACCGGCAAAAUAAAGCAUAGCGCACGUAUUUCGCAACAUUUUGUUUGCGUUAAAAUAAGUAUUUGUUGUCGUUAAGUUAUCGUUUUCGUGUUAUUGUUCUGAAUUUAAGUGUUAAAAACUGAAAAGUGACAUUAAAUCCGAAUGAAGUGAUCAAGUUCUGAAAUUAAAAUGUCGAGUGACGUAAUUUUGUAUUGCGAACAGCUAAAAGCGGUGGUUGGCAGUCAAGACACCAAAAAAGCAUCGACAAAUCUCGAUGCAAUUGAUCAAUAUUUCAAUGACAGAAUCUCAGAAAAUGAAAUUGAUUUGGCUGUGGCAAAGGUGUUGAGUGAUGAUGGCGGCGUUUUGGGUUUCGUGAAAUUGUGCUUGAAACAGAGCAAAACAUUCAAAGAUGAAACCAUCAAGUCGUUCGAGCUGUUUGUGAAAGUUAUUGAACUGUAUCCAAAAAAGGUCGCCGCGUAUGCAACAGAUGUGGUGAUCAAUUGCUUGCAAUAUGUUCGUUCGAUGCAAACAUCGGCCCGAGAAAAGGACAAAGCUGGCGCUGUGAUUGAAGCAUUGGUGUUGAAAAACUGCUGUGAUUCAAUCGAUCGAAUAUACUUGAUGAGUGAAUUGCUGAAAAUUGCACAGUUAUCAAAGCCAGGAAUUGUUCAGUGUCGUAUUUUCGGGUUGAUCGGCUGUUUGGCGAAAGAUUAUCCGGAUUGCAUAGAGAAUGCAGCAGAAGAUGGCCUCAAAAUCCGUGACAUGUACUUCAAAGUGUUGGAAAAUGCCGUUAUCAACAAGCAAGAUACAUCAUUUGUGUCGCUCGCUGGAGCCUUCAAUGGAUUGAGUGAUUUUUUGGAACAUUUCGCACCAUCUGAAGUGCACAAGGCCAUAUUUGCCGAACGCGUUUACAAAUGUAUCAAACCGAUUGCAAAACCAUUGGAAACAUCACAGAAAGCGGUCCACAGAAGCGCGCUGAAUCUGUUGGCCAGUCGAUGCGAGCUGUUUGGCAAGCAAGUAUUCGAAGAUUUCUUCUACUGGCACGAUUUGCUAGUGAACACAUGGUUAAAAAUGGAUCAAUUCGAUAAUCGUCGACCGGCCAUUUGUCUUCUACGCGCAAUGCAUCGAGAAAUUGCGAAUCAGCUAGUUCAAAGCGAUGAUCCAGAUCGAUGCCGUGAAAUUUUGACGUUUCUACAAUCGUACUUCAAGACGACGUUAGAAUCGUCCUCAAGUCAAACGUACGAAGUUCGUCUGGCCAUUGUGGGCUUUGGCUUGAUUGCAGCACCUUGCAAAAGACUAAUGACGCCAGAGCAUUUGAAUGAACUGUUGCGUUUGGUAAUGCAGCGCACAGAGAGUGCCGCAAACGCCGUCAAUCAAAAUAGUAAGGAACAGUUGGAACAUUUUCCCGAUUAUGUUGAAGCGCUGUCGCGCAUCAUGGAGCAAAUCAAUCAGUUGUCUGGUAUCCAGUUGAACGUUCUGCAGAAUAUAAUUGUGUCGGUGAUUCGAAAUUUCCAUCUGUUAUCGGCUGCACAUCAUGAAAUGACAAUUAACACGCUGAUGCGCACAUUCCACAAUUUGUCCGAGCUUGGCGAUUCGAUUGUCGACGACAUUCUAGAGAAGGUCGUGUUGCAAGGAGUCAUCUGGACAUGCUCACACAAACUACCCUUUGAUGCCAAAAAUGAUUGGAGUGUUGACACAGAUUGGAAAGAUCAAGUGACCUACGUUUCAUACUUGCCAUUGUGGAAUGGAUUUUUGGCCGAAGUCAGCUCAACCUCUUAUGAUCGCAAUGCUGUUGUUAGCAAGAUAUAUGAUCAAAUGAUGCAAGCAUUGUUUAAGAUCUUGGAUAAGCUCAAUCUCUCCGUAAACAAGCGAGUUUACCGUGAUGAGCAAGGAAGAGAUCAGGAGCUAUUUUUCAGCGAUCCAAAUUAUGACUUUGAACCGGUUCGUGUGAAAGAUUUUCAUAUUUUCUUCAAUUUGGUUGGCUUCUAUCAUGACGUACUCAAAGCACAAAGUUUGAACAGUCACAAGACGCAUUUUUUGAAAUGGAUCAAUCGUUUCGUCGAGGAAGUGAUUUCAAAAUCAUUGAAACAUCCGUUGGUGAGUGGUUUUGUACGGCUGGCACAGCUAAUCCUCGGAAUCGCCAAUCGCUUGGAUUAUUUCGGGAACGAGCUGUACGAGGAUAGUCAAAUAAAUUACAAUGAUGUCUACUACUACCUGAGCACAACCAUACGAAAAGCGCAGCAGAGUAGCGGCGAGCUGCAAAUUGCCUGCUUGAAAUUGCUCUUCUCAGCGCCAUCCUGCAUGUUGUGCACUUUGAUCCAUGACAUGACUCCUGCCUUCCAGCUGGCCUUUGAGAUUGGCAAAUCAAACGCAAGCCUCUUCAUAGCCGGAAUGGCAUUGAGCGCUAUCGAACGAUACCUUGCACCAAUCAGUCGUAUGUCGGAAGAAGCGAAGCAGUUUCUGCGUGAUGUGUUGCCGUAUUUCGAUGCAUUUUUGCAAGGAUUCAAGAAUGAUUCAGUAAAAAGUGUGGAAAUUUCUCGCCAUCGAAUCCAAGGCACCAAACGAACUGCACAAAAAUUGAUCAAAGUCAAAGAAAACGACCUGCUAAAGUUCCAGAAAAGAAUAAUCUUAUUCCUCGGCACUCUCGAACCAGAGUACUGUCUGUAUGUCAUGCAGAAUAACGAAAAUGCUACACUUGUCAAAUGGAACAAAACGCCGCGAGUCAGUCUGAAACUGUAUGGCCCAAAUUUCAAUCCAGAGAUCCACAUGGACACAUUGAUUCCGCGCAUUUGCGAAAUUGCAUCAUCGACAACGGAUCGUCAGAAGAAAAUGACCGCCUGUGAAAUUAUCCAAGCAACCAUUCUCUAUCUGAUCGGCUCGGAUAAUCACGAAGACGAAUUGUGGUCGAAACUGUGUAAAUUGAUGCUGGAACUUGGGUGUGAUGGUGAUGUGGGUGUACAACAAAUGUUUGAACCGCUCGUGAUGCAAACCAUGCACUAUUUGUCGAAAAGGAAUCAACUACCCACGGCCGGAACACAAAUCUUGUUAACGUGUCUCUUCGAUGCCAUUUCGCAUCCAAGCAAUUUAUCGGUGCGUGAUUUGGCAUCACGAUCCCUACGUGAGUUUCUAUCCUGGGCAUUUCGGCAAACAAAUAAAGACCAAGUCAAUGCAUCACCGUUUAAAGUCGCAAAUUUACUACAAAAACUCAAACUGUUCAACUCAGAUGCACUGCAUCAGAAACGGUUUGGCGCUGCGCUUGCAUUCAAUAACAUUUAUCGUGUGCUUCGGGAGGAAGACGCUGUUGUGAACAUAUACUGGUUGGACUUGUUGCAUGAUUUUUGUGUGAAUUUCAAAUUGAGCGAACAGCAAUCGGAACAAAAUGUGCAUUGUCAAACGGAUUUGAAGCAAGUGUCAGCGAGUUUGGAUCAUAUUUUGCGAGUGCUGCGAGAGCACAAACAUGUUUUCAACAAACCAGACGUGAAUCGAGCUAAACCUGAGGCCUUUGCAGACUCAUUGCUGUUGCACGCAGUUCUAUGGUUGCUUGGCCAAUGCAAUAGCACACAGCACAUGUAUCGGCAAAAAGUGAUGGAAAUGUUUACUGCGCUGGCACCGUGUGUUGACGGCUACAAUUCAUCAGCAGCAUUCAUACGAAGCACACAAACCGAUGAUGCGUCAGUGGUUGCUUUGUGUGAAAAUGGACUUGACAUCGAGCAUUUCGAAGCCCGAUCGUUUGCCGCAAUGUACGUGCGGUUGAAGCGAUUGCACACAACACUGGAUUGCUACAUUUGGUUCAUCGAGAACAAUUUUAUGCCCAAUUGGAAACCGAUUCUAAACCAAGGAUGCAUCUUUGCGGUGCUCGAGCACUACAUGAAUAACAUUAUGAACCGAAAUUUCUUCGAAGGUGAACGUGAUAUGGGCUACGAGUUAAUUCUGGAAAAGGAUCGAAUUAACGCAGAAAAAAGCGCCAUUUUACUGUUGAUCUUUCAAUUUUUAAACAAAACCAUGCCCAUCGGAUGUGCACCCGAUGUGAUUUGGCAGACACAGGAAUUGAUUUGGGUGAUUGAAACGUCAGUAUUUCGGCCGCAAUUUCUUGAGUGUGAUACGAAGAAUCCAGAGUUUUUGUCAAAAUUACCCAAAUCGUUGGAAUCAUUCAUCUCAUUCACCAAUCGAUUUGCUUCGGCACAAUUCAAAAGCGAUUUGAACAAUAAAUUGGUACGCAGCACGACCGAUAUCUACGAAACAUUGACCAAUUCCAUUGAAGAAAUUCUCAAUCGAAGCUCAAUUUCAACAUCGGACGCCAACAAUUUGAAGGGAGUGGAUUUGAUGUGCAGUUUGUUUCGUACGAAGCAUGUAUUCCUAGAGGAAAGUCUUCGAGCAAACAUCGAUGUUCUGGCAAGCAAGGUUCUCUAUCAAGUAUUUGAAGGAGUCAAAGAGUGCCAAGGAAGUGAAUUGAUUGCCAAAACACCAUCACCCGAUACGCUGAAAUUCGCAAGUCAUCUGCUUGAAGUUUGUCUCUACAAAGAAGGCAUUUACAUCAAUCUAAUCGACUUGCUGCUAAACACAACCGAUUUAAAACUGUACAACUCCAUGAAAGCGAUCAAGCAUGGCAAACACUUUUUGAACUUGUUCAAAUCGACCAUUUACAAGUAUUUCCUGAAACAAAUCGAAAUCGUGACCGAACGUUUGAUAUCGAAAAUCCUACCACCAAAUGUAGCCUAUGUGCUGAACAUGUUGAUCGAGCUGACAGACAAUGCGUACAAAGCUGGCUCACAGAAUCUCCCUCAAAUGAAGUCACUCACAAAUAUUGUGCUCGGAAAAUGGUCGGAGAUAUUAACACGAGCCGAUCGACACAUCGGAAUCACAACGAAUUUGAUUGAACUGAUGGGACAAGUUGCGAUGAUUUGCCCGUAUGAACUCACCGAAAUCUCGAAAAAGGCAUCGAAUUUGGAAAAAUGGCUAUUGAAUCUCAUAGUGAGCGAUGAUUAUAGCAUUGAAACGAAAAUUCAAGCAAUAUUCCUAUUGCCAUGUUUAAUCGGCCCUGCAACAUAUGAACAUCAAGAGGUACAAAGCGCACUGGAAAAGUUCCAGACCAAAUAUUUCCCGUUGUACACGUCCGAGCUACGACCGGGCAGUGUUGAUCGAACCACAUUUGAGAAUGCAUUCCAAGUCAUUCUGGACACUAUGUGCGCCUCGAAGUCACUGGUCAUGUUGAAGUUCAUAAUCAAUUGCACGGUACAAGACAGCGACCAUAUCAUGGAUCAGAAAAUUGUGCAGAGCGUACAGAAAUUUAUAACUUCAUUGAAAGCAGAACACCAACUCAACUGUUUGAAUAAUGUAUUCGAGAUGUUCAAUAGCAUUUCAUUCGAUUCGACAAUACGUACAGCGUUGAUGAAACGAUUUCUUUCACACAUGAUUUUGAGCUCUGACAAAGAGACCAUCACUCAAUUUUAUACGCUGCAUAUUCGCAAGAUCGAACAGCUUUUGGAAACACCGUAUGGGCUGCAUCAGUCGGAUUAUAAGUUGGAACAGGCAUUCACAUCACGCAUUGGCGGCUUUCAACUACUCGAAAUUUUGGUUGUUAUUUUUGCAUACAACGAAAUUAUCGACAAAAAAUUCCCCGUUCUAAUUGCAAAAAUGGGUGGAGCGCACAAAAUUCAAAGAGGUAACGAACUGUUGGCUUGGAUGUCCAAGGCCUCCGCAACAAAGUUGGAAACAUUUCAAACAACAAAUGCUAAACACAUGGAAUGGUUCCGGAAAUAUCAAUGUGCUGCAUUCAAAUCGCUGUGUGCCUUGAUCAGUAACACAAAAUCAGAGUUGAAGUUUUAUGACAGUUGGAUAUUCCAGGAAAAGAAUUGGUGGAACAUCAUCAAUAUCAAUGACAACAAUCUCUAUACAAAUCAAACAUUGGAAGUGGAUAAACGUCCCCAAAUCAAAGAGCGAAUGGUAUCGAUUCGCCGGUUGAAGCAGAACACCACCGACACAGCACCCGGUCGAAAGUAUAUCGAGUCACAAAAUGUGUUUGAAUCAUCGCUUAGCCAAGAUGUUACCAAAAUCGAUCUGAGUAGUUCGUAUGUUCGUACGACGGAGGAAGUCGAGCAUCAAAAUCGCAUUGCAAACUAUCAACCGAAAACGCUAAUGCUUGAGAAGAAUUCAGUGAAUGAUCAUGAGGUUAUGGCGACAAUUUGUGCGGUGAUCGAGCAUAUGUUUGAAGAAAGUGUAACACCAAUCAACGCAGAUGGCACGGUUAGGAGGCAAAAACUUCCAUGGAUCGACACCAUUUGCAAUCCGAUUGCUAACAAAAGCAACAACGUACACAUAAAUAUUCGAAUAUUCUUGGUGACCGUGGUUGACAAUUGCUCCAAAUGGUUCCGAAACUAUGCUGACGCAAUGACUCCGGCAAUCCUUAAAUUUUUGCUUGAUUGGACCACCGCGAAUCGGUCAAUUGAUGCACUGACGAUUUUCUGUUUGGUCGAUAUACUCGAAUGGGACUCUGCGUAUCGAAUCACCAAAAAUAGUGCAGUCGAAGAACAAGAUUUGGCCAGUGCAUUGAUGGCUAAUCUUAUGGCCUUCGCUCACAGUCCACAACGUGAAGUUUUUCGUCGCAACUUGGAGCUUAUUCGAAAUUUGAUGGAACGAUGGCGUGAUUUCAUAAAAUUGCCACAUCAGCUUCUCUAUGAAAAAAUCAGCGAUGAAAAUGUUGAAUCAAAAUCAAAUGCUUUCGGUCUUCAUUUGAACGGCAUCGUUCUCGCCAAUGAGUUGGUUCCGUGGACGGAAGAGUCGAAAAAACCUUUUCUACAGGCAAUUCGUGCUUGCCUGAACAACCAUCAUACCGAUGUGUAUCAGCCGGCCGCACAGGUUCUUGGGAUGGCUUUGCAUGAGACCAUUGUGAAACAGAACAACGGUGACGUGGACCAAGAAACCGCGGAAUUUAUCAAUGAAUUGGUCAUGCAUUUGAAAGGAUGGCAGCGAGCAAAUGAGAAAAAAUUCAUGUACGUUAUCUUUUAUAUCGACAAAUACUACGUGAUCAAAGAAUUCAUCACAUCGAUUGGCAGCUUGAUAGCAACAAGCCCUUCGGAUAUGAAGAAAUUUUACCUGCAAAUGUUCCUGGCCCGUGUAAAUGAGGCCGAUUCACGUGAUGUUGAGGUCAUUCUACUUGAUUUGCUGACUCAAUCGCAAGAGCAUCAACAUCAACUAAUCGGAUUGCACAUCUUUAAUAAGGCCCUUCCAAAGAUGUCUGUCACUCAAAUCAAACAUAUUUUACCGCGUGUCGUAUCAUUCCAAGAUGCAAAACAGACUGAAACACGUGAUGUGGUGUACGAAAUUAUGAAGUACAUUCGCGAAAAUCAUUCACGUGCUGACGAAGAACUCAAUCGGCAAUCGACGGACAUUUUGUUGAAAGGGCUGAAUGAUGUGGACACAGAUUUACAAAAUGCCGUUUUCAAAUAUUGGAAUGAAUUGCCUGAGCUUCCAGCUGCUUUGAACGAUCGGAUUUUGUUCAUGUUCCAGCAUUUGUACAGUCAUGAUUUUCUGAAGUACGGCGUGCAAUUGCUCAUCGAUUUGAAGUCAAACGAUUUAAAAAAUAGAAUUUUGAGCACGCGUGCCGACGAUGGUAAGGAAAAGUACACGGAAUACGACAUAAAUGUGAAUUGGAAGUCACAGGAUAGCAGUCUUCGUGUACCAUUGUUCACUGAAUCACAGCAGAAGCAAAUAAUCAACAGUGGAAUUGAUGCAACACAAAGUUACCUACGAGCCACACAGCAUACACUGCAUUUUGAUCCAACAUUAGAUCCAUCGAGUCUGCAUCAAUCCAGUAAAUCGUUUUCAUUGCAAUCGCAGAGUUCAUUGCUCAUCGGUGGACCAACGCAAGUGCUUGAUCGACGAUCGCAACAAGUGCAGCCAGAAGAAACGGUGAGCCGAACUAGAUUCAGUUAUUUGCGCGAACGAAUUCUACGAAAUAAAGAUGCGGCUGGUCGUGAGAAGGCAUUAAGUGCGGUGCGACGACGUGAGUAUCAAAAACGAGAGCAGAAUCAACAGCAGCAGCGCAAAGAAGGUCAAGUCACGCUCUAUCGACGUUAUCGUUUCGGUGAUUUCCCGGACUUUUUCAUCAAUAGUCUUGCGUUUUUGCUGCCAUUACAAGUGCUCGUGAAAUUGGAUCCAAUUUUAGCACGUAACACAUUUGUCGCGAUUCUGAACGCGGUUUAUCACCGUCUCAAAGAGGACCAGAUGCAAACGUUUUUGAAUGGACUUUCUGAAACCAUUGCAUCUAUUAUCAGACAGCCAAAUAAUUGCGACCCAAUGCUGUUCAGUGCACUAACGGAAAUCAUCCUCACAAAUGAGGCCAAAGUGCGAAUUGAUGCUGGCAUCGUUACGGCCAUACCAAAUGCCAAUGAUAUGAUGAUCAACGCAAUUCUAUUGCUGGAAAACCAAAUAAAUACCGUGGAUGAUGAAGCGAAUGGCGAAACAUGGGCCGAAUUGGCAAACAUGUACUACAGUCUAUCGGAAUAUGAUGUUGCCGCGAGUAUUUUUUCGGAUAAAAUGACCACCGACAAACUGCUUACCAAGGCCAUUGAAUUCGAAUCGAACGGUGAUUAUGAGAGAGCGUUGCAAUCGUACAUGAAAUUAAUCAACAAAAGCACCGAUGAUAGUCUGUGGAACAAACAUGUCGCUGAUUUCGCAUAUCAAUCGUUAUUCAAUUGUUAUGAGGAGAUGGGACGAUGGGAAGACCUCGAAAAUAAUGUCAUUGGACAACUGAGCGAUGAAGAUGAUUCGCAACAAAUUCAAUUCGAACAACUUUGGACCGACGAAUGGAACUCAAAGUAUAUAUUGCCACAUUAUAUUCGAUCCGAGGUACACACGCUGCUCUACACCUUCAGUCAAUCCACCGAACCAUUCAUCGCAAAUAUCGAACAAUGGUUGCGCAAUCCCACACGAGCCGAUUUCAUAAAGAAACAUUUUGGCGAACAGCUGAUGAUUUUGUCAAUGGCCAACACAAAAUAUCUAGAGGCAAAGGUGUUCUCCAAUCAAUAUUUCGAAGGCUUUUUGGAUGAUUGGAGCGCUAUGAGCGUUUUGUCUGAAAAAAUGCGCAGCAAUAAAUUGAUGAACACGAGACGUGUAGCUGAAAUGCACAAAUACGCGGACUUAUUGACCAACACCAUUGACGACAGUAUCAUUGCAGAGUUGGCCGAUCGUUGGUAUCAAACGCAAAUGAACACCGCCGACUCGACACAAAUGUGGGAAGCAUUGGUUUCAUAUCGAAAUUUUGUAACUAAACACGCCUUGAAUAAAUUCUAUCCGAACACGGCACCAGUUGUCGAUCGAUUGAAGGAAAGCAUGUUCGAUAUGCGUUUUAAAUUAAAUGAAAUCGCCGUGCAACAACAAAAUUAUGGAUUGUCGAAUAUCGUGUUACGGCGAUUAAAUUCCGAUCGGAGUACCCUGCGAAGUGAACGAAAUACCAUUCAAUUUGAAUUGUCGACUGUUAAACAGGAACAAAACAAGUGGAUGAGUCAGAGCAAAUCCGAUCCAAAAGUGGCAUUCGACAAUUUGGUGAACAUAUGGACAAAUCUUUGGGGGGUGCAGAACGGUCGACGCAAUAUUCUCGACGCAAAUCCAGAUUUACGGCUUAAGGUACUCGGUCAACUCAAUGAAAUAACCGAUCAGGCAAAUGAAAUUGUGACGAAAUGCGAUACGAUCGAUGAUGCCAUGAAACAAAAGGUUGCUCAAUUGACUGGAGCCUGGGACGAUUCACAAAGUAUGUCACAAUUGAUUGGUACAUAUGCCCGUCGAUGCUGUAACGAAACAAUCGCUCUGGCCGAGAAAUGCGAAGAGAGUCGAGCACAAGCUUAUUCCAGUAAUUUUUCAAUGAAAGAACAUGACAUCGGAGAAUCCUACUAUCGUCUCGCCAUAUUUUGUCUAAGACAAUUGAAAUCAGACACGCAGGAAAAUCGAUUGGAGACCACAAAAUUAUUGAUCAAAUCCAUUUUACGUGGCAUGCGACAUGAUUCGAAAAAUGCUCGUCUUCAAUUCCCUCGCCUACUGCAAUUGCCGAACAUUGAUUCACCGGUGCUAACAGAUCUUUUCAAUGGAGAGGUGAACGAUGUGCCAUUAUGGAUAUUCCUUGGAUGGACUACACAAAUUGUCUCGCGUUUUAACUUCAAACACGAGUGUUUCUUGGACAAUUUACUGCUUCGCUUGGCAACCACUUAUCCGUCAACAGUGAUUUACACAUUCCAAUUGGCCUACCGGCAAUAUUAUGCAGAAAAACCAAAUGCUCCCAUCCGACCUGUCGUUCAACAAAUGGUUAACGCUGUAAAAAAUCCGAUGAUUGAGCGAUUCAUUGAAAAUGUGAAUUACUUGAGUUUACCCGACAAAGUUAUGGCUUAUCAUUUGCAUAAUGUUAUUGAAAAAAUUUACGCCAAAACGGUCUAUGAGUUGGUCAGAGAAGAAUUGCAGACAUGUUAUGACAAUGUAUAUGGAGAAGUGCGUGGGAAAUCAGCAAAAAAAGUUGAAUCGUUCAAACAAGAGUUCAUUGCGCUGAUGAAAAUGGAUGACGUAACAAAGGUAAAACAAGGUGCGGUAAUCUUAUUGAAAAAGGUAAAGGACAUGAAUCACAAAGAAGACGACGACGAUCUCAACCACUUCAGUCCUUAUUUGGCGCAGUAUCAUUGGACUGGUGGAGACAAUUUCAUCGAAUUACCCGGACAACAUACAGGAAAUGUAGCACCAACUCCAAGCAAUACCCUGAAAAUCGUUAAAUUCCAUGAAAAGGUGACGGUUUACAAAUCUUUGCGUCGCCCAAUAAAAAUGAAUUUCGAUUGCGAUGACGGCAAGUCAUACAGUUUCCUUGUGAAGUACGGAGAAGAUUUGCGACUAGAUGAUCAUGUUCAGCAAAUUCAAAAGCUGAUGUCGGAUCAAAUGAAAGCGGAUAAGAAUUGCAGCCAACAGAAGCUGUCAAUACGCACCUACAAAGUGAUUCCAUUGACUGUACAUUGUGGCUUGAUCAGUUGGGUCGAAAACACAGAAACAAUCAAAUCACUUCUGUCACAAAGUGAUCCGAACUGGGAUGCCAUAAAUGGUGUAGCAGUGAGAGAAUUUCGACAAUUUAUUCAUAAAUUCCAUAAUGAUUCAUACAAAAACCCGAAUAUUGCUACUGUUCUUAAUUACAAGCCGGAUAAUAUCGCAUGGAAUUUGAAGAAAUUGCAACAAAACAUUCCUGAAAACGGUUUACGAAAAGCCAUAUACAAGCUGAGCGCAUCACCAGAGUGUUUCUAUGCGCUGCGAAACAAUUUUGUCAAAAGUCUUGCUGCCAUGAGCAUUGCUCAUUGGGUGCUCGGCAUUGGUGAUCGACAUUUGGACAACUUUGUCAUUGACCUGCGCAACGCACAGUUGAUUGGCAUCGAUUUCAAUAUGGCUUUUGGCGCUGCCACCCGAAGACUCGAGGUCCCGGAGUUAGUGCCAUUCCGUUUGACCAAUCAAUUUGCAAAUGUUAUGAAGCCACUAGGAACCAGUGGAUUUUUGAUCAAAUGUAUGGCGCAUGUGUUGCGCAUGUUCCGCUUGGAAAGUGAAUCGUUGAUGGCUGCACUAGAAGCCUUCAUAUGCGGACCCAGUUCGAGCGAAAAUGACUUUUUCAUUCGAGGUGCGACUUCGGACGAAGCAAUAGUCGAUUCAGCAUCAUCAGAUUUUCGAGCUUGUAAACCGGAGCAACAUAUCAGCACGAUCAAAGAUAAACUUAGCGGCAUCAAUCCCGUUAUUCCAACCGAAAAUGAUCUUCAAGUCGGCUUUUACUGUUGUGAUGCUGACAUUACAUCAAAGUAUAAAAAGCUCCUGAUUGGCACACCCGAUCGAUUUCGCUAUAAAUUAGCAAAACGUAACUUGACUGUCAAAGAACAAGUUGAAUGUCUGAUUGAUAUUGCCAGCGAUCCUGCUAUACUUGGUGCAUCGUUUGAAGGAACUCGGCCAUGGGUUUAAAGAUACACGAAACACGAUUCAUGGGUCAACAAAGAAACAAGCAGCAACAACAACAACAACAACAGAAAAUGAACAAAAUCCAACAAUUUUCAAAAUGAAAGAAAAAUACACAAAAUAAAUUGUGAUAUUCAAUUUAAUCCAAAAGAAAAUACUUGUUACUGUACUUUGAAAGUAAAACCAAUGGUUGAAACCAAAAAUAAAAACAAAUGAUUACAGAAUAUGUUUCUCAGAAAACAA